CCCGCGCGUGCUGCAUCUGGAGGUGCUCUCGGCGUCCCGCCGCGGCGGGAGCCUCUCUCUCCACAGCAGCUUUGUGAGUGGUACUCUCGGCGCUGUCGGGGUACUGCUGGAGCUACUGGAGGUGCUGCUGGUGCUGGAGGUGCUGGAGAUGCUGCUGGUGCUGCUGGUGCUGGAGCUGCUGGAAGUGCUGCUGGUGCUGGAGCUGCUGGAGGUGCUGGAGGUGCUACUGGCGCUGGAGCUACUGGAGGUACUGCUGGAGCUUCUGGAGGUGCUGCUGGUGCUGGGUCUGCUCGAGGUGCUGCUGGGACUUCUGGAGGUGCUGCUGGUGCUAGUGCUGCUGGUGCUGGAGCUGCUGGAGGUGCUGGAGGUGCUGCUGGUGCUGGAGCUGCUGGAGGUGCUGCUGGGACUGGAGACUCGGGGCUGAGGGUGCCGGUUCUGUCUCUACUGAUUCUCGAGGCGCUUCCACCACCUGUCAAGUCCCAGUCGCAGUUGCAGCAGGCCUCUCCACUGCCUAGUCCUUCUCCUUACUCUGGACCGACUAGAGGUCUUACGGAGCGUCGUGAGCCUGAGUCUCGUCCUGUGUCGCCUGAGUCUCGUUCUGCAUCGCCAGUCCGUCCUGUUCGCGCUGUUCGUGUUUCGCGUCCGCGUCCUCUUCCUGUCCCUGGCACUCACUCUAUGACUCUGCGUCCUUCCACUGCUCCACAGCGUGUCCCUUUGCUGUUUCCUCCUGCGUCCUCUCUUCCUGCCGGUCCGGACCCUGCGUCUGACUCCCUACGUGCUGCUAGUCCAGCUGUCGCGCGUUUUCUGGACACUGCUGUCACUGACCCUUUGUUUGAGUCCACUGCUGCGUCUGCUCUUGUUUCUGAGCUUGUUGACUUCGCUGCAGCCUGUCGCCUAGACUACGCCACUAGUCUUGUUGCUGAGUCUGCGUCUGCGUCUGUCUGUCCUCCGUCCGUCGGGGGUGAGUGUGCUCUUAGCACGGACGUUCUUGAGGACAGACAGGAGGAGUUUGAGUGCUUUGCUGCUUCUGUACCUCAUCUCGUGUCCAUGCUGAUUGCCCCUAAGGGAGACCCGGAUGCACCAGACAUCCCAACCCCGCGCUCUUACGCAGAGGCGAUAGAGGGUCCCUAG